CUAAUUUGUUAUAUCCGCCUAUUGAGGUUUGCUUUGGGUCCGUUGCAUCAACAUCUUGAAUUCCUACAAAUUUCGCCAUGUCUAGAGACGACGAGUACGAUUACCUCUUUAAAGUUGUAUUGAUUGGAGAUUCCGGCGUUGGAAAGACCAAUCUGCUUUCACGAUUCACAAGAAAUGAGUUCAAUUUGGAGUCCAAAAGCACUAUCGGUGUAGAGUUUGCUACACGUAGCAUACAAGUCGAUAGCAAAACGAUCAAAGCACAAAUUUGGGAUACUGCUGGCCAGGAACGUUAUCGUGCCAUCACUAGCGCCUAUUAUCGAGGUGCAGUCGGAGCCUUGCUUGUAUACGACAUUGCAAAGCACGCUACCUAUGAAAAUGUUACCCGCUGGUUGAAGGAACUGCGUGAUCAUGCCGACAGCAACAUUGUUAUUAUGCUGGUCGGUAACAAAAGCGAUUUGAGACAUUUGCGGGCUGUACCGACUGAUGAAGCCAAGCAGUUUGCGGCUGACAAUGGUCUGUCGUUUAUUGAAACUUCUGCUCUGGAUUCUAGCAAUGUUGAACUGUCCUUCCAGCGUAUACUGACUGAAAUUUACCGGAUCGUUUCCAACAAAGCUUUGGAAUCAUCGAAUGAUGUGAUUAGACCAACUGGUGGUGAGACUAUUGUUGUAAGCCAAUCGUCGGAUGAUCAAAAACAAGGUGGAAAGUGCUGUUGAAGGAGACUAGUCUUGCACAAACAAAAAAGUAGCUUUGCACAUUUCUCUCAUGGCCAUUAUUACCCUUAUUUUCUUUUUUACCCCCCAACAAAUAUUGCCGAGAAGGAUAUAUCCCAAUAAUAUUGUACAGCGCUCUGUGCAAGUUGAUACGAAAGGUUUUUUCUACAAUCGCCAUAGACAUGACUGGCGAUAUAUACUGAUCCGUAUGUACUACGUUAUUAAGGUGACAGCUACUCUGUAAUUACGUCGGCCGCUCCAUCCCCCUCGACACUGUAAUAGUGCUGCAG